AUGCGCGCCUUCGCCCUCGUCCUCGUCGCGGCGGCUAUCGCUGUCUCUGCCAAGUCCACGGCGGCGAUCCUGGACAGGGAUUUCGCGGUCAAGGAGACUGUGCAGCCCCCGCCAGUCUGGGUGAAGCACUCGUCGCCUUCGCCGGACCAUAUCAUCAAGCUUCGCAUCGCGCUUCCUCAGCCUAACUUUGAUAUCUUGGAGAAGCUGCUGUACGAUGUCAGCGACCCAUACCACGAGAGCUACGGCCUGCACCUCUCCAAGGAGGAAGUUGAGACGCUUGUCGCGCCCGAGGAAGACAGCGUCAGCGCGGUGACUGAAUGGCUUGCCACCCACGGGCUUCAGGAGGAGCACCUCGAGCGCUCGCCAGCUGGUGACUGGGUGACUAUCCGCGUGCCCGUACAACUCGCGGAGGAGAUGCUCGACACGAAAUACCACGUCUACAAGCAUGUAUACGAGAACGAGUACAUUGUGCGCACGACGAGCUACAGCCUUCCCGCGCACCUCCACGAGCACAUCGAGCUCGUCCAGCCCACGACCGUAUUCGGCAGCCUCAAAGCCUUCCGGUCCACCAUCGUGCUUCCCGAUGACGAAAUGGCGUUCACCAGGGACGCCGAGGGCAACACUCUCCUCGCCGCCGCCGCCACGAACUGCACGGCGACCAUCACCGUCGACUGCAUCAAGCAGUACUACAACGCCACGGACUACGAGGCGGACCCCACGCUGAACAACUCGAUUGGCAUCACCGGGUACCUCGAGGAGUUCGCGAACUACGACGACCUGCAGCUGUUCUACGCGGAUCAGCUACCUGAGGCGCUUAACUCCUCGUUCGACUACAUUUCCGUCAAUGGUGGGAAGAACAACCAGUCGUCUGAUGCUGCUGGAGGCGAGGCAGACCUUGACGUCCAGUUCGCGUUUGGCAUCAGCCAUCCCAUCCAGAACAAAACGUUCUGGUCCACUGCAGGCAAGCCACCCUUCAAACCCGACCUUGGCACCCCGACGAAUACGAACGAGCCGUACACUGAAUGGCUGGACUUCGUCCUCUCACAGGACGAUAUACCCCUGGUCAUCAGCACCAGCUACGGUGACGACGAACAAACUGUCCCGGAACCCUUUGCCAGACGUGUCUGCCGUGGUUUCGCUCAGCUUGGCGCUCGCGGUGUAUCCCUCCUGUUUAGCUCCGGCGACGGAGGCGUUGGCGAUGGCGAAUACGACCCCGCUCAAUCUCAGUGCAUCAGCAACGACGGCAAGAACACGACGAAAUUCCUUCCUGGUUUCCCUGCUAGCUGCCCUUAUGUGACCGCUGUCGGCGGUACUACCCUCACCAAGGACAACGAGGAAGUCGCAGUUUCUCGCUUCUUCUCCGGUGCUGGCUUUAGCGAAUACUUCAAGCGCCCUGCUUACCAGCACGACACUGUCAAGGCAUACCUUGCAGACCUGCCCAACGGCACGUACGAUGGAUUGUUUAACCGCCACGGCCGUGCCUUCCCCGACGUCUCUGCCUUCGGUGACCGCUUCCGCGUCUUCUGGGGCGGCGAACCUGUCCUCAUUGGCGGCACCUCUGCCUCCUCGCCCGCCUUCGCCGGCAUCGUCGCCCUCCUGAAUGACGCCCGGUUGAGCGCUGGCCUGCCCCCGCUCGGUUUCCUCAACCCCUUCUUCUACUCAAAGGGCGCCGCUGGCUUCAACGACAUCACUGUUGGCAACAGCACGGGUUGUGGGACGAUUGGGUUCAACGCCACCAAGGGCUGGGAUGCAGUGACUGGCCUCGGUACUCCCAACUUUGGCGUCCUGAAGGAGCUUGUGCUCGCCGACAAGGACACCGACUGCUGA